CUUUGUCUGUAUUUACCUCAGGGCUCUUGAUUUCAAUAGAAGUGAUUAUUAUAAGUUCUCUUCAUGCAGAAACCAGCAAAAUAUAAUGCGCGAGUCAAAAAGGAACCGAAUAGGGGAGUGGACGAAUGAGAGAGCGCGCUCAGCGCUGCCAGCCACACUGUCCCCACGAGCUGCGACAGAGGAAGACGCUGCCAGCCACACUGUCCCCACGAGCUGCGACAGAGGAAGACGCUGCCAGCCACACUGUCCCCACGAGCUGCGACAGAGGAAGACGCUGCCAGCCACACUGUCCCCACGAGCUGCGACAGAGGAAGACGCUGCCAGCCACACUGUCCCCACGAGCUGCGACAGAGGAAGACGCUGCCCAGUCACUUAGGAGCCGCUGUCCCUUUAAGAAGCACAAUGACCUGUGUGUGGGAGGAGGGGCCGCAUCCUGACAAUCAGGUGCACGUCUGUGGAGGAUGAUGUCAUCCCUGUGAGGAGCGCUGCCCGGCCGGGAGAGAGGGAAGGGACGGACGAGGCAGAGCGGAGCCCUACAUGCAGCCGCGCUAUCAUUCUUAUUCUCAUUAUUCUUCCAGAUGGGAGGAUGAGGAGCCGCUCCGGACCGCGGGCGCUGACGUUGAAACAAUCGAUAAAGGCAAUCUGAUGAGCCGAGCCUGGGAGUCAUCUGGUAAACUGUGACAGAACGUGCACACGCAAAUGCUUACUGUCUGAUAUUGUGCUGUGCCAGCUGUAGAUGUACAGGUGCCUGACAUUUGGAGGAUGCUCUGUAAAAGACUCAAACCUUGUGAGAUCACAUUAUUUGGAAAUCAAUUUCGAGUAUUGGACAUCAAAUCUAUGCUUUAGGGCAUGCGUUUACCAGUGGGAGGAAAUUUUGAGAAUCAUGGAAAAUUUUCAAAACCACAUCACCUUAGACCAGCCAUCGAACUCAGUUAAGUGAUAGCUCUUGUGGAUUAUUUGAGCAGCUAGAAAGUAUGACAAAGAUCUGAUUCCAUUGGACUUAGUGGAAUUAAACCCGAGGAUGUUCUCUUGGCCUUCCCUAACCAUCCCAGAUUUUAUUUAAUCCCAUCUGUUUCACAGAGUUCCCGGUCUUCCUUGUCAUCUUUUUCCCCCCACUGUCUUCUCUGAAGGCUGUUGUUUACUGUGGGAGGUGAGGUUUGCUAGACUUGGCAGCGCACCACAAAACAAUGCAGCUCAGUAAUUAAAUGACGCAACCCUUUGCAUUUUUUUCCUCUCUCAUAUAAACCUCUCAGCUGCUUGGGAUUUCCAUAUAUAAAGGAGCUGGGCUGGGAUGAGCAUCUCAUAGAGCUUGGAUUUCUAAAAGCUUUUGUUAGGAGCGGCCUGGAAUCGGAAAGAGAAAAGCAAAACAAACAAAAGAUUCCUUCAGUAUCGUGCUGCAACCUGCUGUAGUUGAAGUUGUCUGCUACUCCCCCUUACACUUCACAGGGGGGGCAUCUAGUCAUGUGCGGAUUUGAUGCUGUGUGAGAGUAGGAGCUGCUUCCAGCGCUUUUUUUUUUUAUUUAUUUUUACAAUCCUGCCCUACUUCACCCUUUGGAGGGAACUGAGGAGAAGUAAGACACGUCCAUUUGCUGUACUGAACUCUGCUGGACAUUAGUAAACACUUACCCUGGACAGCCAAGAGAAAAUCUCUCCUUUCUGUUUCGUGUUGUUAUCUUUCCCUGGAACAAGUUUUUUCCUUGACUUCAGCUAAAAAUCUUUGUAUUACUGCAUCAGCAUCACUUGGCUCCUUCUUAUGGGUGGAACAGAAAGAAACAUUUCUCUAUUUAUUUGUUCCUGACAACCUGGUACAGGCUAUUGAUCUCAGCAGUGGAUCUCUUCUUUGUGAAAGUGGGUUUGAAACUUUUUUCACUCUAAUUUAUUAACAUUUAUUUUUGCACUGGAGACGGGAAUGUCUUGGAAGAGAAAUUAUUUUUCUACGGGUCGCGGAGGAGUACAGGAGAUGUUUACACCACGCAAUUCCAUAUCUAUUGCUCCAAGCAAGGGCCUGAUAAAUGAACCAGGACAAAAUAGCUGCUUCCUUAACAGUGCACUGCAGGUGUUGUGGCAUCUUGAUAUUUUCCGCCGGAGCUUCCGCCAGUUAACCACACACAAAUGUAUGGGUGACUCCUGCAUAUUCUGUGCACUCAAGGGGAUUUUUAACCAGUUUCAGUGUAGCAGUGAAAAGGUUUUACCAUCAGAUGCUCUUCGCAGUGCCCUUGCAAAAACCUUUCAAGAUGAACAACGUUUCCAACUGGGCAUCAUGGAUGAUGCAGCAGAAUGUUUUGAAAAUCUUCUGAUCCGCCUCCACAUUCACAUCGCAGAUGAAUCCAAAGAAGAUAUCUGCACUGCCCAGCACUGUAUUUCUCAUCAGAAGUUUGCAAUGACCUUAUUUGAACAGUGCGUAUGUACCAGCUGCGGUGCCACAUCAGACCCUCUGCCUUUCAUUCAGAUGGUACAUUAUAUCUCAACAACUGCUCUUUGCAACCAGGCAAUAUGUAUGUUGGAAAGGAGAGAAAAACCAACUCCUGAUAUGUUUGGAGAAUUACUGCAAAAAGCUAGUACAAUGGGAGAUUUGAGGAACUGCCCAAGCAAUUGUGGUGAGAAAAUCCGCAUCCGCCGAGUGCUCAUGAACGCUCCUCAGAUCAUAACAAUAGGACUUGUCUGGGAUUCCGAUCACUCUGAUCUUGCUGAGGAUGUUAUUCACAGUCUUGGAACUUGUCUGAAGCUUGGGGAUUUAUUCUAUAGGGUUACAGAUGACAGAGCAAAGCACUCUGAGCUCUAUUUGGUCGGGAUGAUCUGUUACUAUGGCAAACAUUACUCCACCUUCUUCUUUCAAACUAAAAUACGCAAGUGGAUGUAUUUUGAUGAUGCCCAUGUAAAAGAGAUUGGUCCAAAAUGGAAAGAUGUAGUGACAAAAUGCAUAAAGGGGCAUUAUCAGCCAUUACUACUUCUGUAUGCUGAUCCCAGAGGUACUCCAGUGUCUGUUCCAGAUGUUUUGUCUCAGAUGGAUAUUCGGCAGUAUAGCAGAACAUGCUAUGAUAGCGAAGACUCUGGUAGAGAGCCCUCUAUCUCCAGUGACACCAGGACAGACUCUUCCACCGACAGCUAUCACUACAAACAUUCACAUCAUGAAUCUGUGGUAAGCCACUUCUCCUCUGACUCCCAAGGCACAGUCAUCUACAACUUGGAGAAUGAUGCAGCAUCACAGAGCAGUAGAGAUACAGGACACCUGACAGAUAGUGAGUGUAGUCAGAGACAUUUUUCAAGAAAGGGACCCUUAACUGACCGAAAACGAAGUUCCAGUCGGCCCCGGAGAAAAGGAGAUGAGUCCCAAUCUUCAGGUUAUCACAGUGAAGGUGAAACAUUAAAGGAGAAACAAGUUCCAAGAACAGGACUGAAGCUGUCCAGCAGUUCCAGUAGGUUAAGAGACUUUAAAACAACUGUUAGCAAUAUGAUUCACAGUAGACCAUCGCAAGCGUCACAAACAACACCAAGCAUACAUCAUGUUGGAAGUGCAGUGGAUCAAACUGAGAUCAAGCCACCCUCAACCUUAGCAGUAAGACCUAGGGACUGGGAAAUGGAAAAUACCAGCAAUGAAAUUAAAUCUGGAUUAUCCGGCAGAUAUCGACCUACUUGGCGUCCAACACGUGAGCCAUUAAAUGUUGAUAGUAUCUUCAGAACUGAAAAGAGGAAAAGUACAGGAUACAGUCCACUCAGUCCCUUCUCAGAAAAUUCUGGCAAGGACCUCUCUCUACAUGAGCAAAGGGAAACUACCAAUCCUGAUACAAAGGAAAAGCAUCCAUGUGUGAAAUAUAGGAGUUGGGGUGUCGGACGUGGAGCUCCUCCUCACCUUAUGGAUCAGCAGCAGCCACGACUCAUCCAGAGGAUGGAGUCUGGCUAUGAAAGUAGUGAACGGAACAGCAAUAGUCCCAUCAGCAUGGAUUUGCCUUUAUCAGAGAACUGUAGUGCUUUUCGGGAGUAUCACUCAAGGAAAAGUCCUGGUACAGCUCCAGCUCCUACCUGGCGAAACAUUCCAAAGUCUCAGAGCAGUAGUGCAAUAGAUAUGGCAGAUUCUGCCUCAAGUGUCUGGGUUAAGGUCCAUCCCUCUCAUGUUGCAGCUGAGAGUGCGGGACCCAUAAAUAGUGAAUUGGAUGAACUUCAAGAAGAAGUUGCAAGAAGAGCAAGGGAGCAGGAAUUGCGCUGGAAGCGUGAAAAAGAGAUUGAGGCAGCCAUGGGAUUUAAUCCACGUCCUCGGCGGUUUUUGGAUUUAGAUGAGUUACAGAACCAGGGAAGGAGUGACAGCUUUGACCGAUCCAUACAGGAGGCAGACUCUGUCUUUGAACAGUCACUGAGGCUGGAGCAGAAAGGAGAUUACACUACAGCUUUGGCACUGUGUAAUGAAGCUAUUUCUAAAUUCAGACUUGCCAUGCAUGAUGCCAGAUCUAGCACACACUGCAGAACCCUAGCAGAUAAGAAGUUGCAAAUGUGUUUACGAAAGGCACGGACUCUUCAGGACCGCAUGCUGCUGCCGACAAUUCCUCAACCGCUGCCACCAGCUUACCCCUCUCCACAGGGGGGAACUAUAAACCAGUCUACAAGUGACCAGGCUAUCACGGACAAAGUUUCAGUGAACCAUCAGGUAAUGGCAGAGAGAACCACAAAGGAGGACUUCACAUCCACUCCAUUACCACAUCUGUUUGCUUCUAGCCAUGAGUUGCUUCCAUCGUCCGCUGAGUCUUCCAGCUUCUCAGCUACUGAACACUGCCCAUGUAGCAAAACCUUUUUUAACUACCGUGCUUCUUCAGGUCCUAAUUCCCCAGAGAGUGCCUCAACUCAUGCACCAAGCAUGGUUGAUAACAUUUUAAGAGUGGAUAGUAGUAGCCCAGACAUACAACUUAAAAGCCAAAAAAGUGAUCAAGCUGCUGAUGGAAGAAGCCCUAAUAGUGGUAAGGUGACUGAGGAACAGGAAGCUAAAGAUGGUCUUCUACCUUUGCGGAAGAUGAAACUCAAUGGAAUUAAAUCUGGUUCUUUACCAUCAUUGUUAUUUCCCUGGGCACGUCGAGCACACGCUCAGUCUCCAGAUAAAAACAUCCAACCUACCUACUGUAACAAAUCUGUUAGUACAGAAAUUCAUACAAGUGAAGAUAAGGUUGGUUCUUGCGUUGUUCCACCAGUCUCUCCAACUGUUACAAAUAGUUUUAAUGUUCAUCCAGCUAAUAUCUCCACAAAACCAAACAGCCAGGACAACUUACUAGAUAAACAAUGUGAAUUGAAUAUCUUUGAAACUAGCAAAGUUGAAGCGCCGAAAAGUAAGGGGUUGGUGCGCUCACUCGCAGAACAGUUCCAGAGGCUACAAGGUGGCUCACCAAAGAGAAGCAGUUUUGGUGUGAAUUUUACUGGAAUAGACAGCUCUGAAGAGAAGUCUUCAACAGUGGGACAUAUUCAGGAUUCUUUAAACCUUUUGGGAACAGAAUCUGGUCCGCAGCCUCUAGUGAUGCAAGAAAAUAAAUCUGUCAGUACGGAUCAAGCAAGUACUUCUCCAGAUUCUGAGGAUGGGUCAUGUAAUGUUAAUAGAGCGAAUAUAAACCAUCUAAACAGCCAUAGUGCAGUGUCUUUUAAGGAAGUACUACCAGGAGACAUGGCUGACAGUGUUAAUCAUGGCAAGUUUUAUUACAAAGCUGAGAAAAAGGUGAAAUUUGGUAGCACUGUGCAUUUGCCAGCCUCUGUGCCCAUGAACCAGUGGGUUGAUAGUGUCAGCAGAUAUUAUAAUGCCCAAGUGGAUGACAGUGAUGUGGAAUACGAUGCUCCUCCAAGUUUCUCCUCCAAUCGAAAGUCUGUAAGGUAUGGCUUAUCAAAGAGCUCAAUUGAUCUCCGUCAGGAGUGGAAGCAGGAUUUUGAGCAUGAUGUUUCAGAGUUGAAUACCUUAUAUAACAGCAGUCUUCAGACUUGUCCAGGCAGCAGGACUUUGCAGUGGAGAUCUGAGAACUCAAGACAGACAUUCGGAAAACCAUUUUUAGACAACACAUCUACAAGAAAAAUGCAGCAUUCUGCAGGUAGAGGUCUGUCAAGAACACCAACAGCUGAGAUAGAGCGCAAUCUCUGUGGAACCACACAUUCACCUGUGUCUAAGGUCACUCAUGGCAGGGACCAGAGCAGGAAGUCAGAUGAAGACAAUCUGUACAGUGCAGAGAAUUUCCGACGGCUGGCAAGGAGCCUCAGUGGGACUGUCAUCUCUAGCAGAGAAGAGACUCUGGUCUCUUCUCACAGUUUUGAGGCAUCCAAUGAGAGGAAACCGCUUGUGGACAGCAGUCAUCGCUCUCACAGCUCCUCCCCCAACCCUUAUACCCACAAUCCUUCUGUCUUAUCCUAUGAACCCCAGCACUACCCAACCCAGAUGCAGCACCCAUCUCAUGAGGUACUGGCGCCCAGCAUGGUGGGUGAGGCACAGAGGCCACCAGGAGACCCAACUGUCCAAAAGCUUUUGGCUUUGCCUGACAGGAGUGAAAGUGUCAGAGUCACCGAACACUCAGAUAUGGCAGUGAGCUUUGCAACUCUCCCAAGGGCACCCAAAAUUGGUUCCAAAUUAUACCUGACACAGAGGUCUUCACCUGAGACUUGGCAACAACCGGGAGCUAUGGAACAUAAUUUUCCAACAUACCACCAGUGGUCAGGUCACGUGGUGCCAACAAAUGUACCUGACCAGAGCUCACCAGGCAGAAGACUACAAAAUGGUCUGUUUCAGCAAGAAUCAAGUUACAGAGGCUACGAGACGUAUAAGAUGAACCGCAGACAAUCACCGUCUACAGAGUACUGCACCUUAAGUAUGCCACGUAGCUCUUCCAUGGGUAGGGGAGAUUUGUUGGGGAAAUCUUUUGCACCGCAGCCUAGAAUCCAAGGUCCUAGGAGAGUAGACAUGCCACCGGAGGAAGACUGGAGACAGAACAGCUUUGCACCCCAAGUGGGUGGAUGGAGGCAGCAUCCAGCAUAUUCCCCACAUCGGACCUUUUCUUCUGCCUCUGACAUGUACAGUACAACCAGCUGGAGGGGUACUUCUGCCUUACCUAGAAAUGGGAGGUAAAUGUAUUGGUAUAGCUGUCCAGAAUGCCUACUUAGAGAAGCUGCCAGAUUUGCAUCAAACACCCUUGAUCCAAGCCUUGUAAUGCAAAGGUAUUUGUUUGUAGUGUGAUCGCCAGUCUUGUCUUAACACCUUUAAGCCUGUGGAAAGUCCCUUUGUGCUAGAUGUUUGGUCAAGAUUUGGAAUCGUAAUUACUAUUUUAGAUUGCCCAACUGGUGCAGGAGGGCUUUGAAAUGAAGUAACAUCAGAGCUAGAAGACAUCCAUACUCUACAAGCUCACAGCUCCUUCAGGUGUGUAAAUUGCUGACAAAUCAUUCUUCCACUCAAGAAACCAUGAGAACAAUUGCUGAUUUCCUACCUUGUCAGUAUGGUGCUCGUUUAGCAAUAAUAUGCUUAAAUAGAGAGCGUUAACGUGUACAGGGUGUAUAUCAACUUCUUAGUAAAGGAGCAAAACCUAAGUAUUUUGGAACCAUUGCCUUUGCUCUUUCAGACCCUGCUUCAGUUAGCAAUAGUUAUAUGUUGCAGUGGUGAUAUCUAGAGUAAGCAAAGCGUUUUUGUUAUAUGUUGGAUUCCUUUUGGUGUCUAUGCGACCAAAGGACCAUAUCUGUUUUAAGUUACCCAUGCACUGCAUUUCUACAAGGUGUAUAGUAUAAUUGGUCCUUCCUCGAAUUUACCUUAAUAGCUUUUGCUGCCAGAAAAGGACCUGUUAACCACUGGCAGAGAACAAACUUUUUGAAAGACUCUGCACUCGGGAAGUUGGUCUUUCAGUGGCACUCUAUACAAUAAACCAGCGUGCAGUCAAGGGACUGGAAGUAUUAGUUGAAAAGUAAACCCAGCAUUAACCAUGCAGAUAGUUAAGCACAAAUCUUGACUACUGUAAGGGAGGUAGGAGAGGAGGGGGGGCAAUGCCACGUUUAUUGAAGAAUGCCCUGCCCACCCCUUUUUCCUUCUCUCCAGUAAUUGUAGCAAGUUCAUAACAGAUGACUGUUAUCACUGCAUGCUUAAACCCACUGAUGUUAACAGCUAGAGGAUAAAUUAAAUAUUUUAGUGUCAAAACAUUUGCUUUUGUAAGUAUUUUUCAAAUAAAUAUAUAAAAUAGUUCUAUUAAACAAAAUUUGCCCUGUUUUUAAUUUCUUUCUAUACCUUUGGGAAAUAUGUAAAUUUUUGUCUGAAAAUAUGAAUUCUGAAAAAAUAUUAAAGAAUGUUUCUGU